AGGUGUGCGGUAUGUCUGAACGAUGGGGCCGAAGAGGGAAACAUUCUUGUCUUUUGUGAUGGUUGUGGAAUAGCUGUACAUCAGGUUUGCUACGGGAUCAUGAAAGUGCCCGAUGAAGACGAGUGCUGGUUCUGCUGCAAGUGCCGAGAACAGAAGGGGGCGCCGGGCGCUGCAUGUGACUUGUGCAGCAUGCCUGGCGGAGCCUUGAAGAUGACUGACGACGGCCGCUUCGCUCACCUGUCCUGUGCUCUCUGGGUGCCUGAAACGUCGUUGGAGGAUGGCUUUCUGCUGGAGCCUGUGAUGGGCAUGCGGGACAUCAACAAGGCAAGGUGGAAGCUAAGGUGCAGCAUCUGCAAGGAGAGGAGGGGAGCGUGCAUCCAGUGCUCGAACCGUCGGUGUGCGGUUGCCUUCCACGUGACCUGUGCUCAGUACGCUCAGCUC